AUGGCCCUCAAGCGCAUUAACAAGGAACUCACUGAUCUCGGCCGCGACCCGCCCUCCUCAUGCUCUGCCGGUCCCGUCGGCGAGGAUUUGUUCCACUGGCAGGCGACGAUUAUGGGACCUGGUGACUCUCCUUACUCUGGCGGUGUCUUCUUCCUCGCCAUUCACUUCCCUACCGACUACCCCUUCAAGCCUCCUAAGGUCAACUUCACCACCCGCAUCUACCACCCUAACAUCAACUCCAACGGCAGCAUCUGCCUCGACAUCCUGCGAGACCAGUGGAGCCCUGCGCUCACCAUCUCCAAAGUGUUGCUGUCCAUCUGUUCGAUGCUGACGGAUCCCAACCCCGACGACCCUCUCGUCCCUGAAAUCGCCCACGUCUACAAGACUGACCGUGCCCGGUACGAAGCCACUGCCCGCGAGUGGACUCGAAAGUACGCCAUCUAG